AUGGCAUCUGAUUCUGAGAUGAAUGAUGCCUCUGGAGUUGGUGAUGUCGACUCUCUGGCGUCUACCGCCCAAAGUGAAGAGGAAGCGGAGUAUCUCGUGAAUGACAUCCAUGCGGAACGGAGGUUCUACGUAGAACCAGAUUCUGAGGAUGACGAAGGAGUCUUUAUCACUCAAUAUUUGGUUGAGUGGGCUGGGUACAGCAUGGACAGAUGCAGUUGGGAGCCGAAGGAAAUGUUUACUUCGGAAGAGACCCUAGAUGGCUGGGAAGAGAAAAAGAAACAAAUUGCGGAGGGCAAGGUGACUCCCUUCAAUCUCAAGUCGUGGGAGAAGCAUAUGAAGUUGUUGGAGAAGAAAACAAAAAAGCGAAAAGAAGAGCGAAGGCGCAAACGAGAGCAAAGGGCACGGCAGAAAAGCCUCCCCCAAACUGAAUCAUCUCGACUGGCCAAUCCCGAUAUCAUAGAUGCCCAUGAGCCCGAACCACCUAUUUCGUCUCACGGAGCUCCCAAUCGCCUCUCCGUGGAUUCAACCGCUUCUUCGGCCUUGUUUGUUCCAGCUGAAACCCCACCACCAUCAAAAAAUGCGGCUCGUCAAUCACUGCUACAAACAGCACCUCCUACUGGGACAACAUCUAGGAACGAGCCUCCAAAACCAAGAACCUCCAUUGCACAAACAGAAACAACCUCAAGCAAGCUUCCAAACUCGCGACUAUCUCAGCUUGCGAAAAGAAUUACUGCCAAGUACAAACUCCCUGCGCGCCAGAAAAGCCCCCCACAAGCAGCAAAGCCAAUAUUAUCUUCUUUCGCCACAGGCCCAGGUGCCAAGCGCGCAUACCGUGAUAAGAAAUGGGGCGAACGACCACCGGACUUGUCACAGAUGGAGCUGAUGAAGCCUUCUGAAUUUCCACCAAGGAUGAACAUAGGCAGCACCAUCUCAGUGGUUGGCCCAUCUGUAACAAGUCCCAAAACCCUGGAAGCCCAAAAUCAAUCUGCUUCUGAGAACCCAGUCGAUUUGACCGGUCUACUAAAGACACAUAUUGGCCAAAUAGACGAUAAAGCUGCAAAGCAGCCACAAGAACAUGUUCUUCUCGCACCCUCGUCAGCCAUGGCUCCUCCAGUGUCUCGCUCUUCAAACUUAGGCUCCACUAGGUCAGUUUCGUCGUCUGGCUUAGAUCCAGAGAGACCUAUUGGUUCUCUAGAUUCCCCUCCGCAAUCUACUCAGUCAAAGUCCAUUCCGCAGACCAACCUCACCUAUCCCGGUUCUGUAGAUUCUAUUGCCUCUACUUCCUCGUCUCUAGGUGAGGCUCCUUUGACGAAUCCUGUCGGGCGGUCAACCUCCGCCCUUACUGCGCCAUCACUAGCUCCCCGUCCCUCACCACAGGCCAAUAUCAACACAUCUACCUGUCCUCCGGCCUCGACUGGCUCAGUCCUCCCUCCGGUCAUUCUAUCUGGGGGGCGUGCAGAAGGGCAGCCAGCUCUCUCGUCGGUCAUCGCCCUCUCGAUGGUCACCGCCCUAUCGACGGCCACGGUCACCACUAUCUCGCAGGUCACGGUCACCGCGCUCUCGGUGGUCACGGUCACCGCGUUCUCGAUGGUCACGGUCACCGCGUUCUCGGUGGUCACGGUCACCGCGUUCUCGAUGGUCACGGUCACCACUAUCUCGCAGGUCACGGUCACCGCGUUCUCGCAGGUCACCAUCACCACCUUAUCGGCGAUCACGGUCACCGCCCCCCGGUUGGCCGUCAAGGUCUUCCCUCCGUAG